AUGAUGUUGAGGAGAUCUAUUCCUAGAUUAUUGGUUCAUAAGAGGUUUUCUAGUGCUAGUGCUGGAACGAUACAACAGCUGAAUGCCAAACUAUCACCAAAAGAUAUUCCCGAUGAGGCUACUGUUUUCAGUAUGAUCCAACCUACUGGUAAGUUUCAUUUAGGUAACUAUUUGGGGGCCACUAGAGCUUGGAAGGAUUUGAGUGACCUUCAGAAAGGUAAUCAGAAGAUUAUAUUCGGUGUUGCUGACCUUCAUGCCAUCACUAUUCCCAAACCUGAUGCUGCCGAGUUUAGGAGAUUUCGUAAAGAAGCUAUUGCAAGUAUCUUAUCAGUGGGAAUCGAUCCUUCCAAGGUCUCAGUAAUGUAUCAAUCUCAAAUUCCUGAACAUUCUCAAUUACAUUGGUUACUUUCAACUUUUGCUUCGAUGGGGAGUUUAAAUAGAAUGAACCAAUGGAAAUCUAAAUCGAAUAUAAAAGAAGUGGAUAAUGAGACAAUUGGUAAAGUCAAAUUGGGUUUAUUUUCUUAUCCAGUAUUACAGGCUGCAGAUAUUUUGUUAUAUAGAUCAACUCACGUUCCUGUGGGUGAUGAUCAGGCACAACAUUUGGAACUUACAAGAACAUUAGCUGAACAGUUUAAUAACACGUAUAAUGUAGAUUUCUUCCCAAUUCCAACUACUGUUUUCACUCCAACUAGUAAGAUAUUGAGUUUAAAUUCUCCUGAUAAGAAGAUGUCCAAGAGUGAUCCUAACCAACAAUCUGUCAUUUAUUUGACAGAUGAGCCUGAUGUUAUUAAAACAAAAGUGAAAAAAGCUGUAACUGAUUCAAUUUCAGAGUCAUUUAAUUAUGAUCCUAUUAAAAGACCUGGUUUGUCAAAUUUGAUGAACAUUGUUAGUGGUAUUCAAAGAGCACCAAUAGAUGUUGUUGAAUCAGAAUUCCAAAAAUUCAAUAAUUAUAGAGAUGUUAAGAAUUAUGUUAGUGAAGUAAUAAUCGAAGAUUUGAAGGGCCCAAGAGAGGAAUACAAGAAAUUAAUACAGGAUGAGGCUUAUUUAGACAAGAUUAUUAACGAAGGUCAAGGAAGGGCAAGAGACCUUGCAAACAAAAAUGUUAAUGAAAUUAUGAAAAUAAUGGGAUUCAAUUAA